UUUCUUCUGCAGAACCCAACCCAACCCCACUGGUUCUGCGUGCGGGGAUUCAUUCAUGGGAUCCGUUCUAUCUAGCGGCCCCUACGAACUUCUAUAAAGUGUCACUCCUGCCGUCGAUCUGGUUUAGUUUGAUAGCCGAACCGAUCCUGGCAGCACCUGCGCGCACUAAGACGAAUCGCGUUGUAUCCCCAAGAACUGAUCGGCCGCGUCCUGUCCGGCGUUUGUCGCGAAGAUCCAGUGAAAGUGCUUUGCAACUGCAGCCUCGUUGGAUUGUUACAGUUUCGCCGAGCAGAGGCGGAAAGUGAAAGCGAAAUGAAAAUCCUUCUGGUGAUCGGCGUGUGUGGCUUCCUGGGGAUUACGUUUUGCGCUAAGAUAAAGAUCCCGUCGAAGAACCGAAACGAUGACCUUUUCUCGGAAGAUGAGUUCACCUUUCCUGUGGAGGACACCAAAGAUCCCAGCAACUUUUCCGGUGACGUUAUGAAGGCUUCUACGCUGAUGAACGUAGUGAGGAACCAAGGCAAGGGCAAGUUUAAAUACGCUGUGGAAACCCAGAACGGAAUAGAAAUUGAGCAGAUCGGAAAACUGAGAGAAGACAACAAAACCUUCGUCGUCAUGGGAUCGUACACAUAUACGGGCGCCAAUGGAAAGCGAUACCGCGUUCGCUACACUGCGGAUGAGUUCGGGUACCAUCCCAUCACCGAGCUGGACAUCGAAUUCCCAGAGCUGAACGGCACAUCGGCUCAGGCUGCUCCACUGAAACCCUUCACUUUUGCACCGAGGGUCACAACUACAACUACCCCGAAACCCACAACAGCUGAUCCAAAUGCAAAUUCGGGUUACAAUAAUGGACAAUCGGAGAAUGAAUAUCUACCGCCCAAGAACACGUACUUGCCUCCGUCCAAUGACUAUCUGCCGCCGAGCAAUGCCAACGAAAUACCCCUGGAACAGCUACCACCGCUGUUGGAACCUCCGUUCUAAAAUGCUCUCCAAACAGGACUCCGUUCUCCCUCCUUGUACAAAGAAGUGAAUGAAUGAACCUUAGUGGAUCUCAAUUCAUCGAAAUAUUUGAGAUCGCAUUAGUCUUCAUUGGUAGCGAGACGUGUAAAUAUUGAUUGAGUGUUCAUUAGGUUAAUUUAUUUAUAGUUUGCAGUAAUAAACGAAUUAGUGUAAUAGAAA